CGGGAGAGCAGUAGCAGACGACGCAAUGCAAUUUUCUCGUUAGAGCGUUUCUAGCGAUCGCCACGACGGCGCUGCGGUGCCUGAGACAGCGAGCGAGCGCCAACGGGAAGUGAAACAGGCGCGAUUCAAGGUCCGAGGAUGGCGCACUUGCGGCCGAUGCUGCACUCGCCCCUGGCUCGCACCCUCUACGAACGCCUUCUCCGCGACCGAGACCUGGAGCGCCUGGACAAGACACAAUGGUACAGCAUCGACGCAGAGCAGCUGGAGGACGAGUUCCUGCGCUCCCGCUUCGUACAGUGUGAGCUUGAUGCUGAGACUCAGGCCUUUCUCGACCGGAGCACGGAAAAAUCCAACUGGCUGGGCACCCAGAUCCUCCACGCCGUGGCCCGGCUCUUCCUAGGGUGGUUCCUCACAAAGACUACACUUAAUGGGUUCCUCGGGCGCGGCUCAAUGUUUGUCUUCUCAAUGAGCCAGUUCCUGCGGCUUCUGCGCCUAGACGCUGAUUCGCUGAAUCUGCCGUUCUUCAGCUCGCUACUGGACGUGGGAGCGGGCGACGGCAACGUGACGGCAGCCAUAGCGCCCCUGUUUGGCCAGGUAGACGUGACCGAGAAGUCGCCUUCCAUGCGACGUGUGCUGGGUCGGCGUGGCUUCCGAGUGUUGGACGCCGCGUCGCUCAGGCCUGCCGAUGGAGACGACGACGGGGACCAGCAACUGUACGACGUGGUCUGCUGCCUGAACGUGCUGGACCGCUGCGAGGCGCCGCUGGCACUGCUGCGCACGCUCGAGGCUCGGCUCACAAAACCCUCGGGCAGGCUGGUGCUGGCGCUCGUGCUGCCGCUGUCGCAGUACGUCGAGUCGGGCAAGCGUGGCGCCGAGCCGCUAGAGACUCUGAACGUGCGCGGCUCGACGCUGGAGCAACAGGUCCAGUCGCUUUACAAGGACGUCAUGGUGCCCGCUGGUUUCACCUUAGAGUCAUGGACCCGGCUUCCCUACCUCUGCGAAGGCGACCUCGAACAGGCCUACUACUGGCUGGACGACGUGGUCAUGGUGCUCAGAGCUGCCGAUACAUAUGGAGCUGGGCCAUCCUGACGCCCACUCGGCUGUCUAGAACCAACAGCUUCGUCAGAAAAGAACAUCUUCGUGCAAUACAUGGCGCACUACAGCCUUACUCUCACAGCAGCUGUUCUUUAGAAGCGAAGGGCUCAUGUAGCACCGGGAGUGCACCACAAUGUUUUUUUUUUCUUUUUCUUGUGCUGAUAGUUCCACAGCGGAAGGCUUCAGUGUAGUGCAAUUUGAAAGUUAUCGGGCCAGCACCAACCGAUGACUGCAUUCUUGCGUCAUGAUGGGAAUCAAAGUGAUGAUUUCCCUGUUACUUUUCUUUCUUCACUGCUAUGUGCUACCAACUAUAUCUCCUCUCUGAAACAGAGGCCAUCUUUAUUGACUUUGUGUUUUUUGUUUUGUUUUUUUUUUCUGAUGAUUUAUGGUUUUGAUUCACAUUUCUUGCCUAUUGUGAUAGUGCCAGUUACCCACAACGCUGCGUCACCUAUUUCUGAAGUACAGCGUACACAUAUCGACGGUAGGUUCUCUUGCGCGUUUCGGACCCAGCUAGUUUGGGUUAAAUUAAUGUCCCGCAAAUCCGCUUAUUCCUGAUAAAUCUUGACGUCUUAUUAAAAAAAUCCCGCUUUGGCAUACCAGAUGCAUUGCAGGUGAGUUUUCAUGGGCUCCUGGGUUUGUUUCACGGGUUGCGUUUCGUGUGUGUGUGUGUGUGUGUGUGUGUGUGUGUGUGUGUGUGUGUGUGUGUGUGUGUGUGUGUGUGUGUGUGUGUGUGUGUGUGUGUGUGUGUGUGUGUGUGUGUGUGUGUGUGUGUGUGUGUGUGUGUGUGUGUGUGUGUGUGUGUGUGUGUGUGUCAUUACAAAACAAAGCCAUUAGCUCUUUGUUUCGUAAUGAGAUCUCGCGAUCGGCACGGCAAUUCAUAACUGCGGCAUUUACAUGGUGUCAAAAGUAGACGUGUAGCGGCAACCGCGAAGAAAUUCGUGCGCAAGUACGGUUUGUAACAGGUCCGGGGCCGAUCGUGAUAACAGAGGCGCCGGCCACUGACACACAGAAUAAGCUUCGUGAAUUUGCCCCAUUUGAAUAUUCGUGACGCUGUGGGCCAGAUGGCUCUUCCCCCCUCCCUCCCCUCUGGACCGGCCAGUGCUGAGAGGCCCACGUGAACCUGACUGACUACAUUUGAUUACCCCUGCCGUUCCAGCCAUGCCCACACCUACAUUCCUUAAGCCCAUGGCCAGAGCACCACUCUUAUAAAUAAAUAAUUCAUUAAUAAAGGUUCAUUCACUUCUU